AUGGAGGAGCCCUCGCUGGAGGCUCUCAUGCAGGCGGGCCUCAUCUUCGUGGUCGGUGUCGCCAUCAUCCUCUCGAAUCUCCUCAUCAUCGUCACCUACCUUAAUUUCCGUGGUCCCUCCGAGGUGAUAAACUACUACUUGCUGUCUCUCGCGUCGGCGGACCUUCUUUGUGGUCUGCUGGUGGUUCCACUCUCGGUGUAUCCGGCGCUGGUUAGAAAAUGGGUCUAUGGGGACAUCGUGUGUCGCCUCGUUGGCUAUUUGGAGGUUACCCUCUGGGCAGUAUCCGUCUACACCUUCAUGUGGAUCUCCGUGGAUCGGUAUUUAGCCAUCAGGAAACCAUUGCGUUACGAGACCGUGCAGACGAAGACCCGAUGCCAGUGCUGGAUGGUCUUCACGUGGAUCAGCGUGGCGAUGAUGUGCUGCCCGCCCCUCCUAGGUUUCCAAAAGCCAAUAUUCGACCGCGAGGCGUUCAUCUGCAUGCUCGACUGGGGCAACAUGGCUGCUUACACCAUCACACUGUCGAUCCUCGUGCUAGGCCCAUCGGUCAUCACCAUCGCCUACACCUACAGCUACAUCUUCACGAUGAUGAGGAGGCUAAGGUCAGGCGUACUGAUCCACGACAAGGAGUACGCGACCGCGCUCUCGGAAAACUUGAGCAAUCCGAGUCACAUCAUGUCCUUCGUCCUGGUGAUGGUUUUCUGGGUGUCCUGGGCACCGUAUGCCGGUCUCCGGAUAUACGCUGUCGUUAACGGACCGCCUCAGGUACCGUUUCUGCAUUUCGCGGUGGUGUGGCUGGGGGUGACGAACAGUUUCUGGAAGGCGGUGGUUCUUGGUACCCUGAGCCCGCAGUUUCGGCUGGCGGCUCGCGUGCUCUGUCUGACGCUGUGCUGUCGGCACAGACGACUUCCGCCGGAGCUGCUCGGCCUCGACGACGACGAUUAAACGCCAAACGCCUACGAGAACAAGAGGGGAAAAACGCUUUCCUUUUUUUCUCUGUUCUUUUUUUUUUGUGCGCGAGCGCGCGCGCGCGCCAGCGUUCUACAACGCGCGCCCCAUUCCUAGAGCAUCGCUUUUCAUCUUCUCGGUAUUCGAGGUCGUUACUUGCACC